AUGAAGGAGGAAAGGAACGACGAGGCGGAUACGCAAAGCAUGAACGAGCCAAGUUGCGACACACCGGAAUUGACUGCGCAUUGUGGGAAUAAGGCUAAGAAGAUGAAGAAAACGAAGAAGAGGAAGGCCAAGCAGGCCGAGCAUGGCCUAUACGACAGCAGAAAUGAAAAGGACGCAUGCGGAGUAGGAGUCGUGGCAGACAUCAAUGGAAAGAGCUCAAGGAGUGUUAUCCAGAAGGCCAUGCAAAUACUAUUGCGUCUGAGUCAUAGAGGAGGAGUUCAAUCGAACAACGGAGAUGGAGCAGGAAUUCUGGUGGGUAUGCCACAUGAUUACUUUCAAAUGUUAAGUGACACAUGUCAGUUGCCAUUUCUGCUUCCGGAAAAAGGAGACUACGCAGUUGCGCAAAUAUUUCUUCCACAUAAUGAAGAAAGGAGGUUAUUUUUGUACCAUGAAAUUGAGAAGGAAGUGUACAACAAUGGACUUGUAGUUCUGGGUUGGAGAUCACCAAUCCCAGUUCGCAGUGAUGUAAUUAGUGCAUCUGUGAAAAAAAGUGAGCCGUUCAUAGCUCAAAUGUUUGUAUGUAAAAGAUCAGUGUUUAAAAAUUACGACGAUUUUAAUAUAUACCCAUUUUCAGAUAUAGAUUUCACAGAUGAUAGCCAUUUGAAUUUGAGUAGCUUGCCAGAUGAUAUAGAACUGCUAGCGUUUUUUAUAAGAAAAAAAUUGGUCAGACAUAAUGAUAUGUAUUUUUGUAGUUUUUCUUCCAGGACAAUUGUUUACAAGGGACUGUUAACCCCUUCCCAAAUAUAUUUAUAUUUUGAGGAUUUACUAAGUGAGCAAUUUACAUCUUACCUUGCGAUGGUACAUGUGCGAUUUUCUACGAAUACUUCCCCCACGUGGUAUGCGGCACACCCAUUUAGAAGAAUAUGUCACAAUGGAGAAAUCAACACCAUUAGUGUGAACUCGAUUUUAUUUCAAGAGAGAAUGGAAUUGUCCAAAGCACCAAAUUCAUUUAAAUCAGUGUCGAUAAAAGAUUUAAGACCCAUAAAUGAGGAGAAUUAUAUUAUAUAUGACAACGACGAUGAGAUCAUUGAAAAGAAGGAUACCUUUGAAGAUAUCAUGUUGACAAAAAAUAGACUAAAGAAAAAAUCGAGGAGGAGAUUACUACUCCGAUUGAAGAGAGACUUCACAUAUAACAGCUCGGCCAUUCAUUAUAAAAUAAAAAGGGAAUAUAUGAACUCUGACAUUAAUAGCAAUUCGGAGUUUUUAAGCAAUGUGAAUGAGAUGUCUGGGAGCUCAUUCGACGAUUCAGAGGAUCUUUCAGAUAAGGAUGAUAAUGCAGCCACUUCUAAACGACUUAAGGAUACGAAUUCCAUUUCACACAUGUGCAGAAGUGAGAAAAGCUUUGGCCAUGCGGUGAAGACGCAACUGCAACAUGGUGAGUCUCGAAAAACCAAAGGCGCUAUUAGCUACCCGUCUGACUCUUCCCUGUUCGAUAAUGCCAUUGACUUUUUGACCAUGGCGGGAAGAGAAAUAGAGCACGCAAUUAUGAUGCUAAUGCCAAGGGCAUAUCAGAAGGAUCCAAAUAUAACUCCACUGGAAAAAGCCUUUUACGAAUAUCACACAUGUAUGAUGGAGCCGUGGGAUGGACCUGCAUUAAUCAUCUUCACUGAUGGAAAUAAAGUAGGCGCUUCGUUGGAUCGUAAUGGAUUAAGACCUGCUAGAUACAGCAUCACCAACUAUGGACUCUUCGUUUUGUCUAGCGAAACGGGGGUAGUCGAUUUGGCUUAUGACAAAAUUACCCAUAAGGGAUGUGUAUAUCCUGGGAAAGUAGUCCUCAUCGAUUUUAAAGAAAAAAAAUUCUUAAGACAUGAAGAGGUGUUAAGCAAAUUUUUGAAAGAAAAACCAUACAAGAAAUGGCUAGAUCAUUAUUCUAUUCAUUUGGAUAAUAUUAUCAAACCGGCCUCCAACAUGGAGAACAUACGAAUGAAUGCUUAUAAAUAUGGAGCCAUAUUGAAUAAGGAAAGUGCCUAUGGAAUUAAAGAUGCAGAGGAGGCUGACGAUGUGGAUGACCCUAACGAUGAAGCAUUAAUUAAAAAGUUAAAAGCCUUUGGUUAUACGUAUGACGCAUUCAAUAUGAUAAUUUCUCCUAUGGUAAAGCAUGCCGCCGAUGGACUUGGCGCAAUGGGAAAUGAUACCGCCUUUCCCUUUUUAAGUUAUAUACGGAGAAAUCUUCUGUACUACUUCCAGCAAACAUUUGCACAAGUGACCAACCCAGCCAUCGACCCAAUUAGGGAAGAAAAUAUCAUGUCUCUUAUGAGCACCUUGGGAAAGGAAGGAGACAUUCUCCAUUCCAACUACACCAACUGUCAGCGUAUAUUUAUUAAUGGCCCCAUUUUGAACGACGCACUCUACAAUUUGCUCCUCCAGUUGCCAGACUUCCCACACAUCAUAAUAGACAUGACAGUCGAUUUGAAUAAAUUGGAAGCACUCAUGUCGGGAGAAUCUGCGGACGAAGUGAAAUUUGAUGUGGUGAAAAGUGUGUCUUCACCAAAGCGUAGUUACCAUGCAGAUGGUAAUAUCACCUACACAUUCAAGCUGGAUGAGUACAAAACCAAGCAUAACAAAGAUGAUGUGAAUAAAAUGAAAAUAAAAAAUAACAUCGUAUCAAAAUAUUUGAUUAAAUUUAUCGAUAGCGUGAAUACCAAUGUUGAAAAUGCUGUUAGGAGAGGGAGCCAGCUGAUUAUUCUCUCACACAGUAACAUAAAUGAAAGGAGAGUGCCCAUAUUUUCCAUCCUAAUUGUUGGUGCGUUACAUAAAUAUUUGUUAAGUAAAAAUCUAAGAACCAAGUGCUCUCUCAUAGUGAAGGCUGGGGAUUGUUUUGAAAUACACCACUUAGCAGUUCUGCUCUCAUUUGGGGCUGAUUGUAUAUACCCCUUUAUCUUGUACGAAAGUUUGCGCUUUAUUAAAUAUGGAGAUAAUGAGGCCAGGCUUAGUAACCAACAAAUGAUAAGUAACUACAGACAUGCAGCAAAUUAUGGUAUAUUAAAAAUCAUGUCGAAAAAUGGUAUUUCUACUCUCCCUAGUUACAAAGGAUGUGGGUUGAUGCAACCGUUGGGUAUAUCUGAUGAAAUUUUAAAAAAAUGCUUCAUCAAUGUAUGUGACUCGAUUAUCGGGGGAGUAACAUUUGAAUUUGUAGAGAAGGAAAUUCUGAGAAUAUUUUACAACGCUUACCCGAAGAGGAUAGUAACCCUGCACAUUAAAGACCAAAUGGAGGAACUCGAUGACCAUGGGGAGUACCACUUCAGGAGUAUUGGCAACACACAAAUACAUAUGAACCAUCCAGAAACGAUUAGCUUAUUGCAAAAGGCAACUCGCACGGGGAGUACAGCUACUUAUAAAAAAUACUCAGAGCUGCAGAAUGAACUCAUAAACCAUUGUGAGAUUAGGGGACAGUUAGAAAUAAAUUAUAAAAAAUGCCCUUCUUAUAAUAAGAAGAAGAAAAAAAAUGAACCCAUAAAUAUCCAGUUAGUAGAAUCUGUGAACAAAAUUUUACUCAGAUUUUGCACCGGCGCUAUGUCUUUUGGGUCUCUCUCGGAGGAAGCACACACCACGGUCGCCACGGCCAUGAAUAACAUGGGGUUGAAGUCUAAUACGGGUGAAGGAGGAGAGGCAGAAGACCGCAUUAAGAAGGAGCCUGCCGAUGCUAAUGGGUCUAGCGAACCCAACACCAACUCAGCCGUUAAACAAAUCGCAUCCGCUAGGUUCGGUGUUACGGCGUACAGCUUGGUGAACGCGCAGGAGCUGCAGAUAAAAGUAGCCCAGGGAUCCAAACCUGGAGAAGGGGGAGAAUUGCCAGGAUACAAAGUCAGUGCGAAAAUUGCCUCCGUUCGUAGAAGCACCCCAGGUGUUGGUCUAAUUUCACCACCACCACACCAUGACAUGUACUCCAUUGAAGAUGUCGGUCAACUAGUCUAUGACUUAAAGAAUAUAAAUAAAGAAGCUAAGAUUUCUGUGAAAUUAGUUUCGAAGCUAGGAAUAGGUGUUAUCACCUCAGGAGUGGUCAAAGGAAAUUGCGAACAAAUUUUAAUUAGUGGAAUGUCUGGUGGCACGGGAGCAUCGAAGUGGACGUCCAUCAAACAUGCUGGUCUCCCAUGGGAAAUCGGACUAGCAGAGGCGCACCAAACUUUGUGCAAGUCCAAGUUGAGAAAAAGAGUUAUAUUACAAAUUGAUGGGCAAUUAAAAACAGGGAGAGAUGUCAUCUUAGGUGCGCUACUCGGUGCAGAAUCGUUUAGCUUCUCCACCCAACCGUUAAUUGCUUUAGGCUGCAUCAUGAUGAGGAAAUGCCACCUCAAUAUCUGCCCUGUUGGUAUAUGUACACAAGACCCAGAGUUGAGAAAAAAAUUCGCAGGCAAACCAGAACAUAUAAUAAACUUUUUCUUUAUGCUAGCAGAAGAGGUCAGGGAGUACUUGGCCAGCAUGGGGUUCAGGAAGUUCUCCCAAAUUAUCGGAAGGUCCGAUUUGCUCAAAAAGAAGGACCACUUGAAAUAUGAUGAGAAGAGAAAGUUACUGGACUUCUCCAAGUUGCUCUUCCCAGGGUGGAAAUACUAUGCAGAAGAGGAAAUGAAAGAUGUCGUGAAGAAAAGAUACAACAAAAAUGCACAUGAGAAAAAGCGGAAAGUCGGUGGAAGUUAUCUCUACUCACGCUCCAAGUACAAGACAGCAGGGUCGCUCUCCCCUGGAGUGAAUAGUGCACUAGACAGAAUGAGAAGGAAGCAGGUACUCAUAAACGAGAAUUACAACACGGUGCAGAAAUAUGAUGUGGUGAAGACAGGAGACGAUGGUGGCGAACACACGGAUGGGAUGAACCACGCAGGGGAGACGUGCUCCUCUGUGGGGGAAUACGACGAGGAGGCAGCGGCCGAUGACGCCGAAGAUGAGAGGGAAGACGAGGAGGAUGAUGAGGAAGAGGAUGAAGAUGACGAUGAUAACGAUGAUGAUGAGGACCAGGACGAGGAUGAACAGGAGGAUGACGAAGAGGAGGAUGACGAAGAGGAGGACGAAGAAGAAGAAGUAAGCCCGAAUGACUCCGAACAGAUGGAUGACGCAAACGAACUGAACGGCUCCCUCCACCAAAGCAACGUGCAGGCCGGCCAAGGCAAAAAGGAAAAGACGAAGAACAGACAAAAACAGCUAUUGAAGGAAAAUGAUUUGAACCGGGAAUAUUCCAAAGGUGAAAGCAGCAAAUAUAACCUAGCCAUAAACAGAAGGAAUGGAAAGAAGCCCAUUGUGUACACCACCAGCAUGAGGAGAAAAAAAAUGAACGAGAAAAAAAUGCAUUCAAGGAAAAAUGAACCCAAACCAAUGGCAAUAUUCUGCUGCGAAACGCAAAAUCAUAAAUUAUCUGAUAUCAUUGAUAGAGAACUUAUAAGAAGGUCCAAGAUAGCCCUCCUGAAUUGCACACCUGUGAAUAUAAAGAUGCCUAUAAAGAAUACGGACCGAGCAGUGGGAGCCAUGUUAAGUUAUCAUAUCAUUCAGAAAUAUGGGGAACCAGGAUUACCUAUGGAUACUAUAAAGGUGAAAUUUAGAGGAACAGGAGGAUUAUCCUUUGGAGUAUUCCUGACAAGUGGUGUAAAUUUUGAACUGGAAGGAGAUGCAAAUGAUUUUGUAGGGAAGGGUCUAUCAGGUGGAAUUAUAUCUGUGCAUUUCCCCAAAACGUCUUUAUUCAUAAAUGACUGUCAGAAAAAUAUGAUUGCAGGUAAUUCCGUUUUGUAUGGUGCAACAAAAGGAAGAGCUUUUUUCGCAGGAAGAGCUGGGGAAAGAUUUGCAGUUCGUAAUUCUGGGGCCAUAGCAGUUGUGGAAGGAGUCGGGUGUCACGGGUGUGAGUAUAUGACGAAAGGCAUAGUAGUUGUGCUGGGUGAAAUUGGUUGUAACUUCGCUGCAGGAAUGAGUGGAGGAAUUGCAUACGUCCUAGACAUUAACAAAAAAAACGUAAAUCAUCAAAUGGUAGAUUUGAAAGUAUGCAAAACGAUGGAUGAAAAAAUGACUUUAGAAAAAUUACUACACGAGCAUUACGAAAGGACUAAUUCUUAUACGGCCAAAGUUCUGCUGCAAGAUUUUGAUGCUAAUCUGCACAGGUUUACAAAAAUUAUUCCGAGAGAUAUUAAGCGAGUGCUAACAGAAGCGUGUAUCGAAUUUGUGAAGACAGGAAAUGAAGAAGCCGCGGCAAUUCUGGACGACUGGGCUUCCCUCUUGAAAAAUGUCGACCAGCCAGAAAACAUGUAUAAAAAAGCCAUGCAAUUUUUUACCACCAUCUCGGAUGAUAUAUCUGGAUUGCCCAAAACGCUAGCUUUGAGAAAUGUGGAUGGACUGAUCAUAUAUGACAUUUUGCAAGACAAUCAUAAUAGGAAAUUAUUAACAGUGAAAAAUUACACACCUGAAUUGAAUUCUACUCAAGGCAGUGAACAAUUGCAAGGGCAUGUCAAGAAGAAAAAAUCUUUUGACUUUGAAGGAUUUAUUCAUAACUUACAGAUUUGUAGAAAAAAUAAUCGAAAGUGGAGGAGAUUCACAGAAACCUCAUUUAAGUGUAACGCCUUUGCUGAAUUUAAAAAUAUUUUCCCAAAAAAGCUAGAUGAAAAGUCAAAGGAAAUGAUAAAAAAAUAUAUUGUCAAUGAGAAGUACCUUCUCGAUCUUCAUCUCAAGUCCUUAAAUUCCAACUCCUUUAUUGACAGCCUGAUUGAUAGGGACGAGGGGGAGGAUUACAUGAACAUGAGUCAGAAACAGAUGAGCCCUAGUGUGUACUCCUUGAAAAGUUUCCUCUACGCAAAUGAGAAAGGCGAGGGAAGUGUCAAGGAUAACCAACAUGCUGUGAGAUCUUCUGAUGGUGGGGGUGUUAGGGGAACUUCUACCGCUUCGGCACGCAGCAUUGCUGGAGCGUCCGUCUCUUCGGUGGACCCAUCCGAGGGCAAAUCGUGCUCCACCACCACGCCGGUGACCACUUCCCUAACUGCCACGGAAACCGCCCCACUGAAUGGAUCUAUCCCCGGGCUUUCUUCUGGACCCACUGCCGACCCCACCACCACCGCAUGCGCCACCGCCACUUCCUCUCCAUCGAAGGAUACACGCCACCCGGUGACCAAAGUGAGCAUCACGAACACACAAGGAAGUUGCGAGGGGGAAGCCACAGAGUCGGUUAUCCCAAACAUGAGCCAAGCCAAACCCUUUCUCGCGGUAAACCCGAAUAAAGUCACGGGCUUUAAGGAGUACGAACGGUUAUCCCACCCGCUAAAAGAUAUUAGCAGUAGGGUGUUGGAUUACUCUGAAAUCAUCGUCCCCAUCAAUGCAAAAAGUAAACUCCAUAACCAGUUGCUAAAGACACAAGCGUCUAGAUGUGUAGAUUGCGGAACCCCAACUUGUCAUUAUCCAAAUUCUAGCGGAGGAGGAUGCCCUUUAGGAAACAGAAUAUUUGAUUGGAAUAAUUUAAUAUACGAAAAUGAGUGGAAAAAGGCGUUGGAAAGAUUAUUAGAUACAAAUAAUUUUCCAGAAAUUACUGGGCGCGUUUGUCCAGCGCCUUGUGAAGAUGCUUGCGUUUUAAGCAUUAAUGAAAAACCAGUGUCAAUAAAAUUUAUUGAGUUAUCCAUCAUCGAAUGUGGAUUUUUAAAAAAAUGGAUUCAGCCAAUUAUUCCGCAUACCAGGACGGGAAAAAAAGUCGCCAUCGUUGGUUCAGGACCAGCGGGACUAACAGCAGCUCAACAGUUGAAUAAAGCAGGACAUGAAGUAACCGUCUUUGAAAAGGAUGAAUAUUUUGGAGGAUUACUAAUGAACGGAAUACCAAAUGUACGACUGGAUAAAAAAAUAGUAGAGAGAAGGUUAAACAUAAUGAGGAAGGAAGGAAUCAUUAUGAAAAACAAUAUCAACGUAGGGGUUGACAUAACCUUAUCCGAGCUAGCCAAAAAUUUCGAUGCUGUUUUAUUAUCUACUGGGUAUAAAGUUCCAAGGAAAUUGAAUAUUCCAGGAUCGAACUUAAACAAUAUUUACUAUGCUAUGGAUUUUCUGACCACAUGCCAAAAGUCGCUCAUGAAAUCUGACCUCACAGAUGAGAACUACAUAGACGUAUCAGAAAGACACGUAAUUAUUUUGGGAGGAGGGAAGACUGCUGUGGAUUGUAUAAGUUUGGCCAUUCGAAUGGGAGCAGCAAGCGUUUUGCAAUUCACGAGGCAAGAUAUUCCACCCAUGACAAGUACAGAAUAUUCGUGGCCAGGAGUGAAAAAUAUAUUCAAGGUUGAUUAUGCACAUGAUGAAGCGAUCAUUAUCCAAGGGAGGGACCCACGCGAAUUCUGUGUUAGGAGUUUAGAGUUUAUUCCUUCCAGCAAGGACCCUAAGAGAGUGUCUGGUAUUAGGGCCAUUAAAGUCAAAUUAAAAAAAGUACCUAAGGGCGAGGUGAAUAAUAAGCAUGCAGUGCUGCGGACAUCCUCUACGAAAUCAACAUCUGUCACCGUGCCCACAUCCAACAGCACCUCCAGUAUGCCCAGAAGCAAUGGGGUGCUGUCCAAUCUUGACUCAAAGAAGCAUCAGACGAAGUUUGGCAAAGCGAAGGGACAGAAAAUGUCGUCCAAGAGCGCAAUUGGGCAAGCAUCCGGGGCAGCGACUGCUAGUGCAUCCGCCACCGCCACAUCCAGCCGAACCUCCAGCGUAGCGACCAGCUCGCAUUCUUCCUCACCGGGAACCACGGACGACAUCAUUCAAAAUUACCAAACGACCAAGGAGUCAAAGGAGUAUGUCGACGUCCCUUUCACCGAAAGGAUUUACAAAGCAGACGUUGUCAUCUUGGCCCUGGGAUUUUCCAAGACGGAUGACUCCGUAUGGCAGAAUGACUCCAUUAAGAUCGAGCUUGAUAAUUAUAACUGUAUUAAGACCAAAGUUAGAACUUACCAGACGAACUACAAGAAAAUAUUUGCUUGUGGGGACUGCAGAGUCGGCCCCAGUACCGUCGUUCAGGCUAUAGCCGACGGUCGAGACGUCGCCGCCAAGAUCGAUGAGUUUCUCAUGAAUGCAGAAUCGAUUCUUCCACCCUGCAACACGUACUAUUACUACCCCCCCAACUACAAGAGCGUCCCCUUUGGGUCGGCCCACUGGGGCUAA